CACAGAUGUGAGCAAACCCUUUAUAAAGAAAGCCCAGCUGGCUGCAGGACACUGUAAGUGGACCACUGCAGGACCAAAGGCUGUCAGAAGGAUGAAUUCUCUCCUGGCCCUCACUGUGCUGUUUGCUUGGCGCUUGUCCCCAGCCCAUGGGAGCCUCUUGCAGCUGCACAGCAUGAUCACGGAGGUGACAGGGAAAAACGCUUUGCUGCACUACGCCUUCUACGGCUGCUACUGCGGCGUGGGGGGCAAGGGGCAGCCCAAGGACGCCUCAGACAGGUGCUGCCAGCUGCACGAUACCUGCUACCUCAGCCUCCUGAACCACCGCUGUGACGCCAAGAAGCAGAGCUACCACUACAAGCGGCACCACGGCAGCCCCUCCUGCAGAAAGGACUCCUGGUGUGCUCAGCUCUCCUGUGAGUGCGACCGCAGCCUGGCAUUGUGCCUGAAGAGAAACGUCGGGAGCUACAGGAAACGCUACCAGUUCUACCCUAAUUACCUAUGCAAGUGA